GAAACAUGUAUUUUGAUGCAACACUGACCUCAAUGUGAAGGGGUAAAACCAUUCUUCGGCUGCCUUUAACUUUUUACACGCGACAGUUUAUGUCUCUCAUAAGUCGUUUAAAAAUCAUGGCGAGCACUAGUAGCGGAGCAGCGGCGCUGCCAAGCUCGGACAGCCCGGCGCUGAAGUUCAAGGUGGUGGCGACCCAGGGCCGUGCCCGCUCCAGCCGCAUGGCACUGCCGCACUACACCGCCCACACGCCCAUGUUCAUGCCAGUGGGGACACAGGGCUCCGUCAAGGGCCUGACCACGGCCCAGCUGGUUGAGCUGGACUGCCACGUCAUCCUGGGCAACACCUACCACCUGGAGAACCGGCCCGGCAGCGAGCUGGUGGCGGAGAUGGGCGGGCUGCACGGCUUCAUCAACUGGCAGCGCGGCAUGCUGACAGACAGCGGCGGCUUCCAGAUGGUGUCGCUGCUGCACCUGGCUGAGAUCACGGAGCAGGGAGUCACGUUCCAGAGCCCCAUCGACGGCUCCGCCAUGCUGCUCACGCCCGAGCAGUCCAUCGCCAUCCAGAACCGGCUGGGCGCCGACAUCAUCAUGGCACUUGACGACGUGGUGCCCACAACUACAAACGACCCGGCCCGCUUCGAGGAGGCGACGCACCGCACCACCCGCUGGAUCGAUCGCUGCAUCUCGGCCCACUCGCGGCCCACGGAGCAGAAUCUCUUCGCCAUCGUGCAGGGCGGACUGGACACGCGGCUGCGGCAGAUCAGCAUACAGCAACUUGUGGAGCGGGACCUGCCCGGCUACGCCGUUGGCGGCCUGGCGGGCGGCGAGUCGAAAGACGACUUCUGGCGCGUGGUGGCCCAGUGCACGCACCCGCACACGGGGCUGCCGCCCGGCAAGCCGCGAUACGUCAUGGGCAUAGGCUACCCCCUGGACAUCGUGGUGUGCUCGGCGCUGGGAGCUGACAUGUUCGACUCGGUCUACCCCACCCGUACAGCGCGCUUCGGCGUGGCACUGGUACCCGAGGGUGUGCUGAAGCUCAAGAACGCCGCACACGCUCACGACUUCCGACCACUGGACUCCAGCUGCGGCUGCAUGGUGUGCAAGAACUACACGCGCGCCUACCUGCACAACGUGGUCACGCGCGGCAUCUCCUCCGCCGCCAUCCUGGUCACCUACCACAACAUAGCCUACACGCAGGCGCUCACACGCCGCAUGCGGGCCGCAAUCGAGGAGCAACGCUUCCCCGAGUGGGUGCGUGAGUACCUGCGGACCAUGUUCCCUGCCGGCGACGUGCCGGGCUGGGUGCGGGACGCGAUGGCAGAGGCUGGCAUUGACCUGGCGGGAGUGGCCACGGACCAGCCGGCACCGGGGGCGGCGGCGGCGGAGCAAAAGGUGGGGGCGAAGAGCGCGCGGGCGGAGAAGCGGGCGGCGGGGAGAGCGCGCGGGCCUGUGGCCGCGAUGGAGGCGGAAUGAGGUGAUGUUGGCUUGGCUGGCUGGCUGGCGGCUGUGUCCGGUCUGCGGCGAUGGUGAGAGCAAAGCUGGGAAGCGGGUGAAGCGGUAGACGGUGCGUGCGGAUGCUUCGAUACCGUAUUGCAUUGUUGGAGUGGGUCAAUACCACAGCACUUCAUGAGCUGUUAUUGAGCUGGAGAUGCCUUUUCGAGAAAGAUUGUCUUGAGGGGUCUCGAGGUGCAGCGGGGCUGAGUACCAGCUGCUGAAUUUGGCUAGCCCGGGGGCUCGUGGCUCUGCCCAAAUAGGGUGAAUGCCGGAGGGGGCUCGAAGUUCGACAGACAAGCUCACAAGCUUUGAGGCACAGUCGCGGGGGGCAGUAGGUAGUGGUGGAGCCGUGAAGCUGCAUGCCUGGGGAGCAGCCCCGCUUCUGACGGCGACAUGGACUGAUCUAUCACGGCUGGAUAAGAAGGGACCCGGCUGUUACGGUAGACGAGCGCACGUGCGGCGCUUCAAGCACGUGCAAGUGUGUUUGUUCA